AACGACGGCCAGGCCCAAGAACCGAGAUGGACAAUCACAACUUAACUACAGUUCACAGUAUAGAACAGCUAGAUCGCCUGUCGCAAAGUCACCUUAAGCUGUAGUAUACAGGGCAACUGAAUGAAUACACUGAAAUAAUUAAAUCUUGAAAAAAUGGCUAUAUUUCGAACGUUGCUGAGACAAGUUACAUUUCAAAAAGUUCUUCUUGGAACUAAACGAUCAGGUGUAAUUAGUUUGACUAAUAACUACAGUUUGUUUCCAUCAACUUUUAUUAAGGGAACUUUCAUACCAAGUGAACAAAAUAAACUUAAGGAAUCCGGAGAGCUUCAGAAGAUUGCUCACAUUCCUAUCAAACCAGCAUUCAAUGAUGAAACAAGUUCUGAAUUUUACGAUCCAAUCGUUAGAAAGUUUACAAAUUACAUAAUGAGAAAGGGCAAAAAAGUAUUAGCAAGGAAUUUACUGGAAAAGACAUUUGAAAAUGUAAAAAGAAUUCAAUUAGAAAAAUAUAACUCAUCAUCGUUCGAGGCACAAACAGAGAUUGAAUUGAAUCCUACAGUAAUUUUGCACCAAGCUUUAGCUAACUGCAAACCUGUUCUUGAGCUUAUGCCAAUGAGAAGAGGUGGUGUUAGAUACCAGGUUCCUGUUCCAAUCAGAGAAUCGAGGUCAGCUUUUUUAGCAGCUCGGUGGAUAAUAGAAGCUGCCAAAGAUAAAGAACGUACAAUACACUUACCAGAAAAGUUAGCAUGGGAAUUGAUUGAAGCAUCCAAAAAUCAGGGCCGUGCUGUACGAAGAAAACAAGAACUUCACAAGCAAUGUGAAGCAAAUCGCGCCUAUGCUCAUUAUCGAUGGUCAUAGAUAUCAUUGGAUAUAGAAGUAACAUUGUAUCAAUAUUUGAUGAUAAAUAAUAGUCACUUUUUAUCCAAACAUCAUGUAUAAAAGUUCAUUAAAAUAAUACCUAUCUUAUGUAA